CUCACACGUGCAAGCUACACACUUACAACACACAAACACAAUAUGCAGCGCAUGCAUAGAUGAUUGUAAAAAGUUAAAUGCCACAGUAAAAAAUCACCAAAAUGAGAAUAGAAAAGUGCUACUUUUGCUCCUGUCCUGUCUAUCCAGGACAUGGAAUACAGUUCGUCCGAAAUGACAGUAAGGUUUUCCGCUUCUGUCGCGGCAAGUGCCACAAAGCAUUCAAGAAGAAGCGCAACCCCCGUAAAGUUCGCUGGACCAAGGCAUUCAGGAAGGCUGCUGGGAAAGAACUGGCAGUGGAUAAUUCUCUUGAGUUUGAGAAGAGGCGGAAUGUCCCUGUGAAAUACAGCCGUGAAUUGUGGAAGAAGACAAUCAUGGCAAUGGCAAGAGUAGAAGAAAUUAAACAGAAGAGACAAGAUCAGUUCAUUAUCAACAGAUUGAAGAAGGGUAAAACACUCCGCAAGGAACGUGACAUCAAGGAAGUGAAGGACAGUAUUCAUCUGAUCAGAUCACCAGCAGCAGCCCUACUGAAGAAGAAGGAAGAGAAGUUAGUGCAAAUCAUCCAGGACAAAAAUACAGAACAGAUGGAGGCAGAAUAAAUCCCGCGAGCCAGCAUGUGGAAACCCAAGAAAGAAUUCAACAGCCACAAUACUCAGACCAGCCCGGUUCUACCUGUGUAUUUGUGUGGCAUCCCUUUUGGCUGAUUUUAUGUAUACAAUGGGAAUGAGGCUUGUGUCUCAAAAAGACUGGUACCUUGGAUAUCAGGAGUCCAUCUCAUUCUGUGAGGAUUCAAAAUAGGACUUGCGGGAACCAGAUUAUGACACUCGAGAAAAAAGAAACAAAAUUAUGUGUUUUUUUUCAAAUUUCCUCUCUUAAUAUAAUGUACAUUCCCAUCUACGGUCUAAAAUUGUUUGUUAUGGGUGAUUCCAAGAAGGAAAUUUGUUAAGUUUUUACUUUUUGUGGGAAGGGGUGGGGUCACUAAAAUCGCUUGCUUUAGGCCUGUAAUUAAGUGUAAAAUUUGAGUCCUGACUUAAUAAACCCAUUGAGCUUAUACAUGUAAUUUCCAGGAGGUUACCAAAAGGUUGAAAUGCCAUCAUUUCGAAACACGACUUAAGAUCUGGAUUGAAAUUUAAGACUACAUGUAUUUGUAUUUUUAAUCAGUAAUGACUCUCGCCCCUGGUUGUAGAGUCGCAUUAGACACAAAGGCCCAAUUUCAUGUCACUGCAUACAGAGGAACCCAUCUUGGUUCUACAGAAUUGUGCUUUACAGGACUCUGUAAGCGCCUAAUUCUGUGUGUAAGCAGUGACAUGUAAUCGGGCUCGGUGCAAUACAGGCUCAACAGCAGGAGUGUAUCUGUGAGGGUUCAAAAUAGGGCUUGGGGGAAACCAGAUUAUGGCACUCAAGAAAAAAGAUUUUUUCUCCCAAUAUAAUGUUAAUGAAGAAUAUUAGUUUUGGUUUUUACCCAUACACCGAUGUGUGUUAGCACUGUAUACUCAGUACUUUCCCGAGUCCU